GCAUUUAUUAUAUGUUUUUUUUUAUAGCUUACAAUUAAUUUGUUAUCUGAUGUCUAAACCUCUCUACAUUUUAUCAUUCUAAUCCCAAAUUCCCCAUAGCAAAAAAUAUUAUUGAUUUCAUUGUAGGUACUGUAAUUUUCUUUACUUUAGGACUUCGUCACCGAUAUUAGAAGCAUUAUGGCUAUCCGCAAUACUGGACCUCUUUUGUCAAGACUCCGUGACUUGAUGAAGUUAAAAUAUUUAGGAGAACCUAUUCACGGCUAUAUUGUUUUUUCAGAAGAUGCUCACCAAAAUGAAUAUAUUUCUGCAUGUGAUCAGCGUCGAGCUUUUAUUACUGGUUUCACAGGUUCAGCUGGUGUUGCUCUUAUCACUCAAACUGAAGCUUUGUUAUGGAUAGAUGGUCGAUAUUUUAUUCAAGCUGAACAGCAAUUAGAUGAGAAUUGGACUCAAAUGAAAAUGGGCCUGCCAGAAACACCAACUUUAUCAGAAUGGCUUACUAAAAAUAUGAAAUCUGGCUCUAGAAUUGGAGUUGAUGCAGAUCUUAUAACUUACAGUGAAUGGCGAAGAAUUAAUAAAGAAAUAAAGCAUAAAGGCAUUAAUUUAGUUGCGUUAGACACCAAUCUCAUAGAUCGCAUGUGGUCAGACCGCCCAGCUACUCCAUCAAAUCUUGUUAAACCACUGAACAUUAAAUUUUCUGGUAAAAAGUGUGGAGAAAAAGUAGAAGAAGUUCGACAGAAAAUGAAUGAAAAAAAUGCUACUAUACUGUUAAUAACUGCUCUCGAUGAAAUUGCAUGGUUAUUAAACUUAAGAGGAUCUGACAUUAUAUACAAUCCUGUAUUUUAUUCAUAUGUAAUUGUUACACACACAGAUGUACAUUUAUUUGUUGAUGAUAAAAAACUAUCUAUUGCUGUUUCUGAACAUUUUAAAAGUGAAAACUUAUCCGUCAUAAUACAACCAUAUGAAAAACUACAUUCAUUUUUCAGUGACAUUUUGGCAUCAGACAGUUGCAAGACUGGAAAUGUUUGGGUAUCAGCUAAAUCUAGUUACAACUUGGUCAACAUGGUACCAAAAUCUAAUCGUAUUUCAAAACCAACUCCGAUUCCUCUAAUGAAAGCUAUUAAAAACUCUGUAGAAAUUAAUGGUCUUAAAAAUGCUCAUAUCAAAGAUGGUGCUGCAUUAUGUUCAUAUUUUGCUUGGUUAGAAGAAAACAUAUCGCAAGGAAAUUUAACAGAAAUAUCGGCGGCUGAAAAAUUGUUAUCAUUUAGAAGUUUACAAGAAGAUUUUGUAAGUCUUAGUUUUGAAACAAUUUCUUCAUCUGGACCAAAUAGUGGAAUUAUUCAUUAUGCUCCCACUCCAGAAACUGAUAGAAAAUUAAGCGUUGAUGAAAUGUAUUUGUGUGAUUCAGGCGGUCAAUUUUUGGAUGGUACAACUGAUGUAACUCGAACUUUACAUUUUGGAACACCAUCCAACUAUCAGAAAGAAUGUUUCACAAGAGUUUUUAAAGGCCAAGCAAAUUUAGCCAUGAGCAAAUUUCCUCACAAAAUCCUAGGCAAUUGUUUGGACUCAUAUGCUCGUAGAUUUUUAUGGGAUGUUGGCUUAGACUAUAUGCAUGGUACUGGACAUGGUAUUGGCUCCUACUUAAAUGUUCAUGAAGGACCAAUGGGAAUAUCUUGGAGAGAAAUUCCUAAUGAUCCUGGUUUGCAAUCAGGAAUGUUUUUAUCAAAUGAACCAGGAUAUUAUGAGAAAGAUUUUGGUAUUCGUCUUGAAGAUAUUGUGUUGGUAAAAGAUUCAAUAACAGAUUACAAAAUGCCUCAAAGGCCAUUUUUACAAUUUGAAACUGUUACUUUGUGUCCAAUACAAACUAAAAUGUUGGUAAUUGAUUUGCUCACUGAUAAAGAGAUUGAUUAUUUAAACGAAUAUCAUUCCAAAUGUUUACAAACUUUAACGCCGCUGUUAGAGAAAUUAGGUGAUCAGAGAGCAAUUACAUGGUUGAAAAAAGAAACUCAGAUAAUUCAACGAUAAAAAAUACAUAAAACAUUUUAUUAUAAUAUUAACUGUUUUCAGUUUGUUUAUUUCUUUUGGCUAAAUUAAUU